AUGAGGAGUCCGCGGGAGCUAGCGGACCGAUCGAAGUACUGUCGCUUCCACCGGCAGCAUGGGCAUGACACUGAGCAGUGUCGGGAGUUGAAAAGGCAGAUCGAGGAUCUCAUUCGUAGAGGACAUCUCGGCCAGUACCUUCAGCCGGACAAGGAACUUUCUCCGCGCCCGGAAGGUCCCAUCGAACGAUACAUCGAUGUGAUAGCUAGCGGCCCCGCAUCUGGCGGGGAUUCCAUGACCAGAAGAAAGGCAUACGCCCGAGCCGCCCUGGCCGAAGCUCCUAAGCAUGGACCCGAGCCCAAGGUUACUUUCCCGGUCGGAGCAUCUGACCAAUCCGAGCACGACGAUGCGCUCGUGAUAUCGGCCAGGAUCGCCAAUGCGCAAGUAAGAAGGAUCAUGGUCGAUACCAGGAGCUCGGUCGACAUACUCUACUUCAACGCCUUCCAAAAGCUCGGCUUGUCCGGAGACAACAUGAAGCCGAUAUUCUCGGCACUCACUGGAUUCACCGGUGAUUCGAUCUCACCACUGGGGGCAAUCACUUUGCCCUUGACUUUGGGAGCCCCACCAAGGUCGAAGACAGUAAUGACUACCUUCUUAGUGAUCGACCUCCCCGCUGCAUUCAACGCCAUUCUCGGCCGGCCGACCCUCAACAAAGUUAGAGCCGUCGUCUCAACUUACUACCAAACCGUGAAGUUCCCGACCCACGCCGGAACUGGAGAGGUCACGGGAAGCCCCCGAGAAUCCAGGCGCUGCUACCUGACCGCCGUUUCGUUACACCAGAAAGCUAGGGUCGAGCCACCAUUGGCGGACCCCCGGGAGGCGAAGAAGCCAGCCCCCCAUCCUGAGCCGAGAGGGUCCACCAUCGACUUGCCACUACUAGAGGGUCAGCCAGACCAGACGGUCAAGAUCGGAUCGGAGCUACCCGAGCAAAAACGAAGGUAG